ACUUAACAUACGUGGAACGUAGGAUUGGCUGGAAACCGGCGUACGAAAUAUCUUACACCGUGCCUGGAAAUGUCAAAAUCUAUUGAACAUUUAUUUGUAUCUUUAUAUCAUUCCUUUAAUUAAUAACUUUAAAUUAUCUGUUAAUGUUCAUUUAAAUUGGAAAUACGGGAAAGUAUAACGCCACGUUCAGCCUGGCAUUUAAGAGUAGUAAAUAAGUAAGAUUUGAAGAGCCUUUGAAUGCUGCAAGUAAUGCAGAUUGAUCCACAUUUUUAGAAUAAGUGCAAAGGUAGAUGGUCGCAGAGGGGGUCAGAAACGCAUGAUGUUGAUUUUAUAGAGUGAGGGCGAUACAGAAACUUCCAUGCACCGACGUGUACAAACAUGUACUGUGUACGGAAAUGCUGAACGACAGUGAGCCCGGCAGGGACGAGACCAGGAUGUGACCAAGAGUAUAUGGAUGCGACCGUGGUGCAUGCCGGUGACCUUUGGGUGCAGGUGCAUCAACGAUUUGUUUGUUGUUAGUCAAGCGCCAGGUGUAAACUAAGAAGCAGGGGUCUCACGUGUACUUGCAAUAGAUUACUUGUGUAUUUGACUUAAGUAAUUAAACUCGUAGACAUUACAUCAUCUAUAAUACCUGAAAAUAUAUUUUUUUCUGUAAAUUACUUUGUCAUGAAGUCCUUACAUUUGAAAGGUGUUAAAUCUGAGUAUUUAUUACCUUCGAAACAUGAGCAUCUGGCAUUUGUUCAGUAAUUUGUUGACAUUGCAUUCAGGAAGCAAAAACAUAGCGAAAGAUCUUUUUAAAAUGAGAAAUGCUAUGCAUUCGUCAGGAUCUGUUCUGGGGAAACUACAUGGUGACCAUGCAUGUAGGAAAAAGCCAUUCACGGUUUUUGUGGAAGGAAACAUAGGCUGUGGAAAGACAACGUUUUUAAGUUACUUCAAUCAGUCAGAGGCCCAGGUUAUAGCAGAACCCAUUGAAUUAUGGAGGAAUGUAAAUGGACACAAUUUAUUGGGUACAUUGUAUGAGGACCCGAAGAGAUGGGGCUUUCUGUUUCAAAGUUACGUGCAACUGACAAUGUUAGAUAUGCAUCUCACUCAGACACAACGUUCUCUUAAAUUAAUGGAGCGAUCAGUACAUAGUGCUCGGCUCUGUUUCGUUGAAAAUCUUCAUCGAAGUAAAAUUAUAACAGAUGCUGAAAUGUCAGUUUUGGAUCAUUGGUAUAAAUGGAUCAAAACUCAUGCUGAUGUUGAAGGAGAUUUAAUAGGCAAUUUGGAAAAUAUUACUGAUGUACUAUGUUUUAUAAUUAUGUUCUCAGUGUACCUCCAGACAAAGCCUGAAGUAGUUUAUGAAAGGAUGAGAGCACGUAAUCGUAAAGAAGAGAAUUGUGUCCCUCUUUCUUACCUUCAGCAGCUUCAUGAACUUCAUGAAGAAUGGCUAAUCCAAGGAUCUCGUAUUUCAAAACCAACUCAGGUGAUUGUAGUGGAUGCAAAUCGUGACCUAGAUCAUAUGAAAGGAGAAUUUAUAAGAGUGAAAACACUUAUUGUAAAUGAACUGUCUCAUCAAGUUCAUUCUGUGUCAGUGUGAUUUCCCAGGAUUUGCAAGAGCAUUGUUGAGUCGUCAAAUUUUUCAAGAUGCCAAAAGUGAUUGACAACAAAAAAUUACAUGCAUUCCUUCUCUGCAUCAACUUUUUAUUUUACAUUUUAAAAUGUUUUGAUUUUUUAUUUGUCCAAUGUAGAAUUUAUGCUGAAUAGUAUAUAGUACAAUGAUAUAAUCCAUGAAAUAAUGAUGCAUUUCUAAAAUGUAAUUAAAGUAUAUGUAAAUAGAAAUUGACUAAGUCAUACACACACUUUUAUUGUUAAAUGAUAUGAAUUUUAUAGUAAUUUGAAAGUAUCAAGAUCUGAACUUUGUAUGAUACCAAAGAUGUAUUGCAAUAUUGAGAAUUAAAAACAAAUUAGAUCAAUUUGGAACUAGUUUAUGAACUUUUCUUCCCAAGAAAAGAAAUUAAUUCCCCAAACUAUUGAAUUGUAUAACAGUUCAUUAAUAUUCAUCAACAUUGAUAAGACCUAAAAAUAUUUUGGGAAUGUUCAUAAUUUCUUCUUUGAAGACAAUUUUAACCAAAUUAGACAAGCUGAGUUUUCAUUGGAAUGACAUUGAAAGACAGAAGGAUAAGGGAGAUACGCAAA